AUUCGCGUUGCGGUCGCCAUCUUUGUUGAUGUGUCACCUCGGAGCGACUGAAACUGAGGCUGGAGAGCCGAGAAAAGCGUUAAUGUGUUCCAUAUGUAGUCUGCGGUGGAGCUGGGUGUCGUGUCAGCCCUGAAGCGGUUGGGAAGCGAGGAAGAGUAUGGAGCAGCAGGAUGUCCCCUGUGGGAGACUGGAGGAGAGGGCCCUGCCAGAGGGCUCAGCAGACGGGCAGGGCCAGGACUGGAGCAGCCUGGGCUGUGCUCAGACUGAAGGAGGAGGGGACAUAGCAAGAGGAGAGCCCCCCCAGGAGAAAGGAGGCUGUUUGACCCCACCAGAAGAUGAGUCUGUCCAGGAGAACCAGACAGACCUGCCUCCUCCUGGCACAAAUGGAGCGGCACCUGUGGAUGACAGCAAUGAUCUGUCCCCAGCCGUUGCCCUGCCCACAGAGGCAUCUGUGGAUGACAGAGAUGACCUGCUCCCAGCUGUGGCCCUGCCCACGGAGGCAUCUGUGGAUUACAGCAAUGACCCGCCCCCAGCUGAGGCCCCGCCCACAGAGAUGUCUGUGGAUGACAGCCAUGACCCACUCCUGGCCGUGGCCCCACCCACAGAGGCAUCUGACUCUCUACCCAUGACGCCACCAGCUGAAGAGGUCCUGGAGCUGCCAGGCACACCGGCAUCACACAGGAGCCCUGGACCCUCCGAGGCCGCCAGCCCCUAUGACACGGAGUGCAGCCGGAAGCUGAUGUCAGAGAUCCAGCGUACAUUAUCCCACGAGUCCCUGCUGGAUGAGCUGGAAUCCGAGCUGCUUGACUGCCGCUUCCCCAGCGACACCCCUGGUGCCCCCAAUGGGCCGCAGAACAGCCAGAAAUCUGCGACAGCCUUCGAGAAGUGUUUCCAGUAUAAAUACUCGCAGCAGGAGAAGGCCAUUCAGAGGCUACUGGAGGAAAAUCGGCGGCACCAGGAUCUGAUCCUGGGAAUUUGCUCGGAGAAAGAUGGGAUGAAAGAGGAUCUGAAGCGGAGGAUGGAGGCAGAGCGGCAGCAUCUGGACACCAUGCAGAAGAUGGAGGCCCGGACCGAGGAGCUGGGAAGGCAGCUGCGGGCCUCUAAGGACAAGCUGAUGCAGCAGGAGGCAUCUGCCAAGGCAGCCAUGCAGCAGAUGCAGCGCGACACGUCCCACCGGCUGGAGCAGGCCAGCAGAAAGUGUGAGGAGGCUCGGCAAGAGAAAGAGGCCAUGGUGAUGAAGUACGUGAGAGGGGAAAAGGAGGCGCUGGACCUACGCAGGGACAAGGAGCAGCUGGAGCGCCGGCUCCGGGAGGCCAGCAGGGAGGUGGAGAAGCAGGCCCUGCGGGGGAACCAGCUGGCCCAGGACAAGGGCCGGCUACAGCAGCUGCUGGAGGCCAAAGAAGGCGAGGCGACCAGGCUCACCAGGGAGCUGGAGAAGAUGAAGGAGGAGAUCAACUCCCACAUCAUCAAGGUCAAGUGGGCACAGAACAAGCUGAAGAGCGAGUCGGACGCCAAUAGGGAAACCAAGGACAAGCUGCGGGAAACCACAUCCAGGCUGACCCAGGCCAAAGAGGAGACCGACCAGAUCCGCAAGAACUGCCAGGACAUGAUUAAGACCUACCAGGAGUCAGAGGAGAUCAAGUCCAACGAGUUGGAUGCCAAGCUGCGCGAGACUCGAGGCGAGCUGGAGAAACAGCGGCAGGAGCAGACUGAUCAGCUGGAGAUGCAUCGUGCCAAAAUGAAGGAGCUGGAGGACCUCAAGAGAACGUUCCAGGAAGGAAUGGAUGAGCUUGAGACCUUGAGGACUAAGGUGAGGUGCCUCGAGGAGGAACGACCGCGUACAGAAGAGGAACUCAGCAACUACAGGGAGAUCAUCAACCGGCAGAAGGCCCAGAUCCAGAGCCAGAAGGAGCAGCUGGGCAUCGUGCAGCAGUUGGAGGACCAGCGGCACAGAGACCAGCAGGAGAUCCGGUCCCUGAAGGAGGAGGUGGACAACCUGAACGGGCUGAUCGUCGACCUGCACAGUGACAUCCAGGGGAGCCGUGUCCGAGAGGGGGAGCUUCUGGGCUUCACAGAGAAGCUGACCAGUAAAAACGCCCAGCUGCAGUCUGAGGGCAAUGCCCUACAGGCCCAGCUGGACCGCAUGGGCGUGGCCUCCAGAGAGCUGCAGGGGCGACUGGAGGAGAGAGAGGGCGCCGCUGCUGAGCUGACGCAGUGGCUGCAGCAGGAGCGGCAGCAGCGGUUAGAUGAAGUGCAGACCCUGCAGGCACAGCGGGCCGCGCUGCAGACAGAGACUGCGCAGCUGCAGACACGCGUGGACGAGCUGGGAGACGAGCUCGCCACGCAGAAGAGGAAACACGCAGCCAACGUGAAGGACCUCACCAAGCAGCUGGGCCAGGCCAGGAAGAAGCUGGAGCAGGUGGAGAACGGAGCCUGUGACCGGGAGGCCAACAGCAUGGGCAGCCGCUCCAGCUCCUCGGGUUCUCUGAACGCACGCAGCAGUGGCGGUCCGGACGAGCGCUCCCCGGAGAGCAGCACGGGCACCAUGCGGACGGACAGCUUCCCCGAAGUAGACAAGACUGUGCUGGUGGAGCGCAUUGUGCGCCUGCAAAAGGCCCUCGCCCGUAAGAACGAGAAGAUCGAGUUCAUGGAGGACCACAUCAAGCAGCUUGUGGAGGAAAUCCGCAAGAAGACUAAGAUUAUCCAGAGUUACGUGCUGCGGGAGGAGUCAGGCGCCCUUUCAUCAGAAGCGUCGGACUUUAACAAGGCCCACCUGAGCCGUAGGGGUGGCAUCAUGGCCUCACUGUACACGUCGCACCCGGCCGACAGUGGCCUGACGCUUGAGCUGUCGCUGGAGAUCAACCGCAAGCUGCAGGCGCUGCUGGAAGACACGCUAUUGAAGAACAUCACCCUGAAGGAGAACCUCCAGACGUUGGGAGCAGAAAUUGAGAGACUCAUUAAACGGCAACACGAGCUGGAAGACCGGCUCAAGAGGAAAUGACAUCACUUGGAAGCAGGCCCGUCAGGAGGUGUACGGCCCCCACUACUACAGGUGGGGGGAGUCAGAGAUGGGGGCCGUGAGCAGUAACCCAAGUGAGGGGGCCGAGAGGGGAGUUCAGGACACCACCAACCCCCCCCCAGGCUUUACAGCCCGGCCUGCAGUCGCCACAUCCAGCCGCUAUAUGAAGAUUAACCACUUCCGCCAUCAAUGAAAACAAACUAACAAAGGUGCCCUUUGAACCUGGCACUUUCACCGGCAUCCUCCAGGGGGCCAUGUGGUCCUCUGGCCAGCAUGGGCUAAAAGACCCCCCCCCCCCAACGUCUCCAGCCCCCCUGCUCGGUUUAAACGUUGGCCAGUUUAAGCUGAAGUAAUUUAUAUUCAGCUUCAUUUCAGUCUGAUUUACAGGAAGAGAGGCAUGUGAUUCAGAGUCUAAACACUGUGUGUGUCUGUGUGUGUGUGUGCAUGUCUGUGCGUGUCUGUCCGUGUGUACUUGUGUGUCUGCGUGUGUACUUGUGUGUCUGCGUGUGUACUUGU